CCAACUAACAGCAACCCUACUCCUGUUCUUUGAACUUCAUAGUUAGUGAAUGGAGAUGGCUAUGAAGCUAAAUUUCCCUUUUCUCUUGAUCUUCAUCUUCUUCUCCUUAGCUCCAGCCAAACCCACAUAUGGCUUCACAAAUGAGACAGAUUACCAUGCAUUACUAGCAAUGAAGGAUCAGAUUACGGACGAUCCUCUCCAUGCGUUAACCUCGUGGAACAACUCCAUCCCCUUCUGCGACUGGCCAGGUGUUACGUGUAGCCAAAAACGUGAGAGAGUGAUUGCCCUUAACCUUUCAUCCCUUCAGUUGAAAGGUUCGCUGUCUUCUCAAGUUGGAAACCUUUCUUUCCUGCAAACGCUUCGACUAGAUGGCAACGGCUUCCACGGGACGCUUGCCGAGGAUAUUGGCCGCUUGUUUAGACUUCAGACUCUUAGCCUGGUGAACAAUUCUUUCGAAGGAGAACUGCCGAAAAAUCUCUCUCGCUGUGUAGAUCUUUCAGCCAUAAAUCUAUGGGGCAAUAACUUUAGCGGAACUAUUCCUGAUACACUGAGUCAUCUUCCGAAGCUAAACAGCAUAGGCCUAUCAACAAAUCGACUUACAGGGAAAAUCCCACCUUCUCUCGGCAAUCUCUCGUCCCUUUAUCGCUUUUUUGUUGCGGGCAAUCUUUUAGAAGGAAGCAUUCCCCAAGAACUCGGCCAGCUCUCCAUCUUGACAUCCCUUCAGCUUUCACUCAAUAAACUCUCGGGCCCAAUUCCCACUUCUCUGUAUAAUAUUUCAUCAAUGGUUUUAUUCUCGAUGGUUUCCAACAAUCUAAGCGGGGUUCUUCCUUCAGAUUUAUUUCUCACUCUCCCAAAACUACAAGGCUUUUAUGUUGGUGGUAAUCAGUUUUCCGGGCCGAUCCCCAACUCCAUAACAAAUGCUACCGAACUUGUGCAAAUAAACGGUAACCUAAAUUCUUUUUCUGGGUCAAUACCACCAAAAUUGGGAGGUCUACAGAACUUGCAGGUUCUAAGUUUCGGUGGAAACUUUCUAGGAACUGAAAAAGGCGAUGAUCUGAGAUUUCUUGGUUCCUUGAGCAACUGCACCAAUUUAAUGUUUGUCUGGUUGCCUCUUAAUCAUCUCCAAGGCAUGUUACCAGAUUCUCUAGCAAACUUCUCCACCACGUUCACAAGCCUACGCCUUGAUCAAAACUUAGUGCACGGAUCCAUCCCUUUCGGGGUAGGAAACCUUGUGAAUUUGGGACUUCUUUCGUUGUUUGAAAACGAGCUUACCGGGAAUAUUCCCCUGUCCAUUGGAGCGCUCUACAAUCUGCGAGUGCUCUUGCUUUCCGAUAAUAAUAUCUCUGGGAUAAUUCCCUUCAUGAUUGGCAAUGCAAGUUCACUAAAUCGUCUCAUCUUGCGUGAUAAUAUGCUUGAGGGAAGCAUACCGGCUUCAAUAGGAAACUGCAAUCAUCUGAAUGAGCUAGAUUUGUCCCGGAAUAACCUCACUGGUUCAGUGCCUGGUCAAGUAUUUGGCCUCCCUUCUCUCUCAAUAGGACUAUCCCUGGCAGGUAAUGCAUUGACAGGUCCAAUGCCAUUGCAGGUGGGUGAGAUGGUCAAUCUCAUGGCACUCGAUGUCUCCGAGAAUAGUAUGUCUGGAGCAAUUCCAAUCACUUUGGGCAACUGUCUGGUGUUGGAAUUUCUCAUAUUGAAAGGUAACCAAUUUAGUGGAGCUAUUCCUUCGUCUUUCAAAAAUUUGAAAGGCAUACAAGUUGUCGACCUUUCUGGGAACAAUUUAUCUGGUCCGAUUCCUGAGUUCUUCGCAGAGCUCCGUCUCAUUCGGAAUCUCAACCUUUCCUUCAAUAUGCUUGCUGGUGAAGUGCCAAAAGGAGGAAUCUUCAGAAAUCUUAGUGCAAUAUCAGUUGAGGGAAAUAACAAGCUCUGUGGGGGAAUUCAAGAGCUGCAGUUGCCACCUUGUGAUAUUGAAAACCAAAAGAACCUACGGAAAUAUUCAAAUCUUAAGAAAGUGUUGGCUAUCAGCAUAACCCUCUCAAUUUUCAUAGGCUUGGCAUGUACUUCCAUAGUUCUCCUUUGGGUGCAAAAGUCCCGAAAAGAGACAACUUCAUCCGCCAAUUUGAAAAAUCAGUACGUGAAACUGUCUUACUCGGAACUCUUUAGAGCAACAGAUGGAUUUUCCUUGGCAAACUUAAUAGGCCAAGGAAGCUUUGGCACCGUCUUUAAAGGGAAGCUCACCAAUAACCAGACUGUUGCUGUGAAAGUGAUUAAACUUCAGGAACGCAUAGCUCAAAAGAGCCUCUUAGCCGAAUAUGAAGCAUCAAGGAGUGUUCGGCAUCGAAAUCUCGUCAAGAUCAUCACCUCUUGCUCAAGCACAGAUUUCCAAGGGAAUGAUUUUGAAGCAUUAGUGUUCGAGUUCAUGCCGAACGGGAGCCUGGAUAAAUGGCUACAUCCUACUGGAGAUUGGAUCAAGCUGAAUAUGGUCCAACGGCUAGAUAUUGCAAUCGAUGUGGCCGCAGGAUUGGACUAUCUCCACCACCAGUGCCAUGCACCAAUAGCACACUGUGACUUGAAGCCAAGCAAUGUCCUUCUAGAUGAUGACUUGCGCGCGCAUGUGAGUGAUUUCGGCCUGGCAAAAUUUCUCCUGUCAAGAGCCUCUCAAAUGCAGACCAGCUCGAUUGGCAUAAGAGGCACAGUUGGUUAUGUUGCUCCAGAAUAUGGUCUAUCGGAAGCCGUAUCAACCCAAGGCGAUGUCUAUAGCUAUGGGAUUCUCUUGCUUGAAUUGUUCACAGGAAAGAGACCCACAGAGAGCAUGUUUGUGGACAACUUUAACCUCCAUGAGUUCGUCAAAAUGGCUCUUCCAGAUAGGUUCAUGCAGGUCAUAGAUCCCUCGCUAAAUUUGGAAGAAGAGAGGGAGUUGAAUGACAAUGGGCAACAAACAGACAAAAUAAACAACAUAAGCACGUGCUUGGCUACAAUCCUUCGGAUUGGGGUCAUCUGUUCAGCUGCAUCACCAGGUGAACGGAUGGACAUCGGAGACGUUGUCACUGAACUGCAUAAGGCCAAAACUUUCCUCCUUGGACGGGAGGUCGUGCCUAGUAACAAAGUGAGAAACAGAGAAAGCAUUGUAGUCUAGGAGAUCCAUUCUUUGUUUCAACAUAUCUGGAGGCUGAGAGAACAGAUGUGGAUAGAUGUGAUUAUAGAGGGAUUGCUGUAAAAUGUUUCACAGGCUUGUGUGUCAAUUUGGAAUGAUAUCAAUGAACUGCAAAACAUUAGGAUGUUUUCAGUGGUCA